AGAAAAGAAAAAAGUUUCAGGCACUUUUUGCGUUCUUGUUUGAGCACGCCCUUUAUUCUCUUUAUUCCCCCUUCAACACCCAGGACUUUUUUCCCUCUACCUUUUUCGCAAAUAAUUGCCUUUCUUUCUGCCCUUACUAAAAUACCAGAGUGCAACGCAACCAGACCGGUUUUGCAGCCCUUUGAUUUUUCUGGCCCUGGACACAAAAGAUCGGAACACUAUUCUGUCCAAGGUUUGACAGGCUUCUAGGACCAGACCGUGUGAUCCGGUAUCCCUUCUGAAUAUUCUCAAAUAGCCAGUCCCAGGAACUGUAAUUUUUAUCGCCUUUCUCUCCCUCUCUGGACCUUCCUAUUUCACCCAUCUCCUGUAUAGCCUCAUUAAUAUCCGCCUCACCUAUUUUCACAGACAAUGCCCAUACAAGCAGCACAAAACAGCAGAUCCACACAUGGCGCGCACGAGCGGCCGAGCACGGAGACCCAGGAGAGCCCGCAUGUCAUGGAUAUGCUAGAGGCGAUGGCCAUAGAUCCGACGACAGCAGCAGUGUAUCAGUCGGGCCAGUUAUUGCAGUACCGGCGGAAGGCCAUCCAGUAUACGGCCAUCCGAUCCACUCCACGAGAUGGCACAGUAUCAGCAUUCGCACAGCCACUCCAGCACCAUCAACAAAUCCUUGACAACGAUGGGAUGGACACGGCGAGACUGAUCAUUGAUUCACCGCAGCUGCUUGACAGUGCCCACAGUGCAGCGGGCAGGGCGGAGACCGGCUGUGCAUUGGAGUGCAUGGGCGGGAUGGAAAUGGCGGGCGAUCGCAAUGGUAAUCAGCACGCGGUGGUACAGCAUGCGCAGGCUGGGGAUGUGGAUGAUGAGCUGUACCUGCGGCGGGUGUCGAUUCUGUACCAUGAGCUGUGGAGCGGCGAGUGGGCUGAUCGGCGCGUGUCCAGAGACGACGACGUGGCGACCCAGAGCGGCCCAGACAAUCAGACGCAAACAAACCCAGUGCCGGGCCACAGCCGCGUGCAGUCGGCGGGAGGCUCUGCAAGCCAUUCGACAGACAAUGGCGCGGAUAGUCCUAGUGUAUCGGCAGGCGACUCGGCAACGCCCCGGAUCUCGCUGGACGAGAUGGCAACAGCAAGCCCGACCAUCAACCGGCAGCAGUUGCUGGCGCAGUUCACGCCGCCGGACCUGGCGGAUGCGCUGACGGGCACAAUCCACCGGUUGGAGGACGACCACAUGCUGGUGCGGCACAAGCGGUGGAGCGUGGUCAAGGAGCUGGCAAUGACCGAAGCGCAGUACCUGCGCGACCUGCUGCUGCUGCGGACGACCUUCAUGGAGCCGCUGGCGGCAGUGAUGACGGCGGCAGACGUGCGGCUGGUGUUCUGCAACCUGGACCAGGUCAUCGAGUGUGCGCGCGCCCUAGUCGAGUACCUGACAGUGGCCGUGGUGUAUGAGGGAAACCGCGAGCGCAGCAAAAAGCACCAGAAGGACGACAGCUUCGAGCUCGACCACAAGCAGUGGCAGUGUGCCAGCCGCCCAGUGUCGCAACCCGAGGCGCCGCGUGCAGUGGGGGCGCCGGGUGCCGGGCUGCGCAGCAGCGCCUGGGCGGACAUUUCGCUGGCCCGUGCGUUUUUGCUGAUGGCCCACCGCAUGGAGCGCGUCUACACAACCUACUGCCAGAACUUUGACGCAGCCAGCCAGCGCCUGAUCGACCUGAAGCGGCUGGCGGCUGGUGGACAGACGCCGAACACAACGCCGGCCACACCGCACAUGCCGUCGGCAGGCAACUCGCCGUUCACCGACCACGCUAAGGGCUGGCGGCAGUCACACAACGAGGAUACCGACUAUGCAAUAGGCGCCCACCAGGUCAUUAGCGACCAGGCGCAGCAGCUUGCUGGUAAGACCACCAGCUGGGACCUGGCGUCAAUGCUGAUCAAGCCGGUCCAGCGCGUGUUAAAGUAUCCGCUGCUGCUACGCACGCUGGUCAGUCUGACGCCCGCAGGCACGUCGGACCGUGCGCAGCUGGAGAAGGCUGCGCAGGGCAUCGAGUACAUUGCCGAGGCCAUCAAUGCUGCCAGCAGUGGCUCGGGCAAUAUGCGCGUGUCGACAGCGUCGGCCAGCUCAGCUCCCCACGACGACGGCCACGGGCGGAUUGCGCGCGAGCUGCGGCGCGUGCUGCGUCGCAAGCCAGGCGCCUCCGGCCAUCUGCGCUCCAAGUCCAACUUGGAGGGAGUGCCUGGCAAAGUGCUGAUACGGCGGAAGGUCAAGGACGUGAUUGACCAGGCGAUAGACGUACGUGACCGGGUCCCCCAGCUGCCGGUGCUGGCAGCCGCCUCGCCGCUGGCCGAGCUAGGCACGCAGAUCCAGCGGCACGAGACGCAGCUGGCCGACAUGAUCCACAGGCUGCGGCUGUGGGAGCAGGAGCUUGGCUCGGCGCUGCUUCGCCAGUGCACCCUGGUUGCGCGGUGGCGCGACCUAUACAUGCUCAGUGGGCCGGAUGUCAGUACCGACUCGGGCGGUGAGAGCGAUUCCGAGGGACUGCUGGACCGCGAGUACCAAGCGUGGGGCGGUUUUGAUACUGACGAGUGCCGCCCACGUGCAGCACUGGAGAGCCCGCGUGGCGAGCCCAUGCUGCGGCCGAGCAAGUCGUACGGGUCGCUGCGGCGGCCCGGUCAGAUCCCCAUGUCGCGCCUGCCCCAUGCAGCUGUGAACUGGACGCCGCGACAAGGCAUGCUAGCCAGCCAUCACUCAAUCAUGGACCUCAAGGCGUCCGAUCUGCCCGAGACCCCCUGGCAGGCGCAGCGCAAGGCGCAGGUGGCCAAAUGGAGCGUGGCCAUGGAGAACAUCAGCAAAUCGUUGUUCCCGGAUCUGAUCACCCGGCCCCUGCAGGACAGCGUGUAUCCGGUGCUGAGCUCGCUGCUGCAGGCGUACCGCGACGGCCCGCGCCGCAUCCUCAACGACAUUGCGCGCAUGUCCAAUGGCUCGAGCACCGUGAACAGCUGCCGCAGCUCGCUCAGCGAUUCUGCCAAUGAGCCGUCCGAGGCUGCGCGUCGGGAGAGCCAGCUCGCCACCGAGCUGCCGCAGAUGUUUGAGCACGAAGCCGAGGUCGUGCAUCUGCUAACUGUGCGCGUGGUCGCGCUGGAGCGCGAGUUCCUGAGCCAGGUGCUGGCCGAGAUGACGUGUGCGUGCGUGCAGCCAGUCAGCUCCCUGCGUUUGCAGUCGCCUUUGGGUCGCCAGCAGCAGUACUGGAUUGACACCCAAUGGAUUCCGCGCUUCACGGCCAUGGCCGCUGUGCCGCCACUGCCAGCCAAGAGCAGUGCGGUGUCUCCGCGCAACACCACUGCGUCAUUAGGAGCCGAGUCUGCCAGCUGGGCGAAACAGAUUGCCGACGAGUACGAGCGCCGGGCAGCCGUCGGAAAUGUGACUGUCAGCGGCCCGCUGUCACCGCCGGCGGCGAACGAGUGCCUGGAGGAGAUUCAGACGGCUGUGAGCAUUUUUGGCGGGCUUACCGGCGGGUCGCAGCGCAAUAGCGGCGACAGCGCGCCUGUGGAGACCGAUAUGUGGACGUCGGCGGUUGCGAAUCGCUUUGGCACGGCUGAGGACAAUUUUCUUCUGGCCACUGUGCCCACCUCUGCCUCCGACACCACGGCGGUGCCUGCCCGCUGGAAUCACAGCGAGUCGCCUGGCAGCACCUCAGGCAGGGCCAGCCCGAAGAAUAGCAAGCUCCGGCACCUGCGCAAAAAGUCUGGCGGAUUCAAGGACAAGCUGUCGUACCUCAAGACCAAUAUGCCGCUGCCGGAGCAUCUGCGGCUCAGCAGCAAGCGCGGCUCGGGGCGGCGGGUGGCCGAAGAGCUGGCAGAUCAGGUUAAGGCGCGCCCGCCGCUGGGGCUCGCCAUCGAUGUGCCCACAGAGACUGCAGAGGGCAAGCUGGCGUCCAGUGUGCCCAACCAUCUCAAGUACGAUCCGCUGCCGCACAUCAGCUCCAUCCGCUUCAGCCGCGGAUUCAUUGACAGCGCAUUCAUGAAUACCAGCGCAGACUCUGCGCCCGCAACAGGCAGUGAUGGUGACAUGGGAUGUCUGGAGCCCGACGACCACGCCGUAUUGGUCGACCGUUCACUUGCCUCUCCUCAAACCAGCAGCUACCUGCAAAGCCCAUCGAAUGCGGGCAGCAGCUCGCCUUUCGCUAAGACGUUUUACUAAGUCCUGCUUUACGAUUCCCUUCAUUUCCCUAUGACCCUAACCUUUUACCUGCUGCUUCUGUAUGGACGCACAUGUCAGAUCCUCAAUUCUCGAAUAUAUUUUUUCAUAUCGAAUAUCCGCAAAUCAUUGCUGAAUAUAUCUCACAUGCCGGCGAGCCAUGUGGAAAAC